AUGGCCUCAUUCGGAGUCCGACCGAUACCAAUUGAUUCUGCGACAACAACAACGGUAUGCAUAUCACCGGAUAUUAAUUAUGAAGAUGUGACACUGGAUUGGAUAGAUAGUCAUGUGAAUAAAACUGACGAUUGUUUAGAUACAAGACGUCGUCUGGGUACAACUGUUAACUAUUUGAAAGUGUUUGAUGAUUCUCAGACAUCUGUUGAUUACGUUCGAUCAGCAUUAAAUGGAAACAUAUUCUUAAUAGUCUCUGGAUUAUUAGGUGGAAAAGUGACCUUUGAAGUUCAUGACGAGCCGCAAUUGAAAUUCAUCUACGUUUUCUGUCUGAACAGAGAAAUACAUGCGCAAUGGACACAAAAUACGAAAAAAUUUGCGGAAUAUUCGGUGAUAAAUUAA